UCCCAGAUAAGGCCGGCCAAUUUGAACAGUUUUUUUUUAAGCUCUUUCCUUUGGUAUUAUACCAAAAGCCAGAUACCCAGAGCAUUUUUCAUCCAUCUGCAUCUCCAUUGUACAGAUAGAUCCGACUGGACUCUGUAUACAUCUCACUUUGUGUAACAAAUUCUAUGUAAAGACCACUUUGCUUAGCCUUUCACAUUGCCAUUGCUGUUGCCCUGAAGCUUUAGAAAAAUGUUCAAAGCCAUGAGCAUAACUGAUCUCAGUACAGGAAAGCCUGUAAGCCUCUCAGUUCCAAUUGUGCAAGAAUUGGCAUUACAGGAUCCCCAUAUAGUGCCUGAAAAGUACGUGGCAUCUGAACAGGACAGACCAUCUCUUCUUCUCCCUACAUGCGAAUCUGAUUCUGUCCCUGUAAUUGACAUGUCAAUUCUACAUGACAACCCAAAGGAAUUGGAAAAGAUUGCAUUAGCAGCCCAAGAAUGGGGAUUCUUCCAAGUAGUAAAUCAUGGAAUUCCUGGGUCUUUGAUGGAAAGAAUGAGGAGUGUAGUGAAGAGCUUCUUUCAGCUUCCACUAGAAGAGAAGCUCAAGUAUGAGAUGCAAAAUAAUCAAGGAUAUGGCCAGGCAUUUGUGGCCUCUGAAGAACAACGCCUUGACUGGGCUGAUAUCUUGUUCUUGUUCACCCUUCCUGUUGAAUCUAGGGACAUGAAACUGUGGCCAACAACUCCUGCAAAUUUCAGAGAGACUAUGCAGGACUAUGCUUUUGAGACAAAAAUACUUGCAGAAAAGCUUCUAAGUGUGUUAGCACAAGGUUUGGGGAUAAGACCAAGUUGUUUUGUUGAAAGCUUUGGAGAACUGUGCGCGGCUGUAAGGAUGAAUUACUACCCACCUUGCCCAAGACCAGACCUGGUUUUAGGGUUAAGUCCUCACUCGGAUGCAUCUGGAAUCACCAUAUUGCUGCAAGAUGACAAGUGUCCAUGGGUAGCUCUUCAAGUUCGUAAGGGUGGAGAAUGGGUUUCUAUUCCGUCCAUCCCAGAUGCUCUUGUUAUCAACAUCGGAGAUCAUCUUGAGGUAAUUAGCAAUGGAAGAUACAAGAGUGUUGAACAUCGUGCAGUGACAAGCACGAAUAAGGAAAGAACAUCAAUUGCUACAUUUUACAACCCACACAAUAAGAUGGAAGUGAGACCUGUUCCAGAGCUUCUAGAUGAUUACCAUCCUUGUUUAUAUAGAAAAACUACAGUUUUUGAGUAUGCCAUGCAUUAUUUAUCUGAUAAGCUUGAAGGAAAGAAAUCAAUUGAUUUUUUAAAAAUUCAUGAAAACAAUUGA